UUAAAAUUUUUUUUUGAAUUACCUGCUAAAAUAAUCUAUAAUAACUGAUUAAAUUUUAAACUUACUUAAAUAAAAAUAUUUUUGAUAAAAAAUGAAAACAUCUAUUUCAUUAAUAUUAAUAACAUUGGUGUAUUUCUUAAUACAAUCAGCAGGAGUUUCUUCACUUCCUGGAAUUUCUGAAUGGUUCAGCAGCAAUAUUAAUGGAAUGCCAGGCGACAGUGAAAGUGAUGAUGAAGCUGCUCCUAAUUGCAGCAUUACAGUAGAUGAUUCUUUAAGUGAGGAUUAUUACACUGCAUCUGAACAAGAAGAGAAUGAUGAUGAUGAUGGUAAUUCUGCUGUAAGCUAUGAAUGCAGACUUUGUCUUGGAGAUUUUAAUGGUGAGAUCAUUACUUUGCCAUGCUGUGAAUCGAAGUUUUGCAAAACAUGUUUCACUCCUUGGAUAAAAAAGUCAAAGAACAAACAUUGUAUCAUAUGCUUUAAAAAUAUGCAUGAAUAUUGUGGUUCAUGUAAAUCAAUGAUAACUGGUUGUGCUGGAAAAAUGUUUUUAACAGCAUGUUGUAAAACAAGACUAUGUCAUACAUGUAUACAAAAAGAUCUAAAAUCUUGUCCAUAUUGUAACAAGACUAAAGAUAGUGUCAAAUGGAAUAUAGUAUUGUUAAAAACAUAUUGUUGGAGAUGCACACGUAAAAUUGGAAAGAACAGUCAUUCCCGUUUAUGUACUUAUUUGUAUUGCAAUAAAUGCUUCAAGAAGAAAAUCAAUGAAAAGGAAAAUUGCUUAGAAUGUGGCGAGCCGUUUGUAUCACAAAGUUGUAUUUCUUUUUGAAGAUACCAUAUAAAUAUAUUUUGUAAUAACUCAAUAUAAUGUGUUGGUUUUAAUUAAUAAAAUGUAUACAAACAUAGUGAUUUUAUUAA